GAUGAGGAGGGAGCUUCCAUCUUCUCUCUGCUUCUUCAUCCUCUUUUAAGAGCAAUUUAGACGUAGACUUAGAUCAGAUUCCGAACCUAAUUCAUGAUUAGCUGACUGGAGUGAGAAAAAGGAAGAGUCUACAAUAGUUUUGAUGCUGUUAGGUGGAUAUGAUGUGAAAAGUGUAAUUAUCAUUUUUCCACCUUUUUUUCGGUUUUGUUGCAUUUUUGCACUCUCACAGGAGGCGUUUUGCUGAUGUCUUUCUCACGCGGAUGCAUUUGACAUGAGAAGCGAAAAGCAAAUAUUGCGCUUUUAUCUGUAAACGAACAUCAUGCCUACACGCGUGUGUGCUUUCCCGGAGAAUGGACGCGCAUGACGGGAUUACUAUAUUCUCACACUUUUCCCCGAUACGCAGCUCAACUAAAUACAGUCGCCUGUACCGAUCGGGCAAAUUGGAUUUUGUAACGUCCACCUACUCAUCACAAAAUAACAGCAAACUCGUGUCCAGACCGCGCGGCCAGGGGCUAAGUUGCAUCUUUCUGUAAUGGUAAAAAGGCAGCCGCGAUUUCGGUCAGGGCAAUUUAGAGAGACCAUACCUUUAGACUUUACCGUCCUGCACGAAUUAUCAGGCAGAAACUGAGCAACUUCAGCGUUUUCUAUAGGAUGUCGCGCCGCAAGCAAGCUAAACCAAGAUCACUAAAAGUAGAAGACAAUGUGACAGAGGACCAGCACAGUCCUGGGCAGACUGCCAUUCCAAGCGAUCCAGAGUGCGCCCUCGAGAGGGCGGCGGAGGAUGGUGAGACCAGGCGUCUGAGGAAGAGGCUGCUCUCUCCAGAGGAAGGAGAGGAGGGAGAGGAGGAGGACGAGGAGCCUGCGCUGCACAGCUGCGACAGUUGCCGGCAGGUGUUCGAGUCGCUGAGCGAUCUCACCGAACACAAGAUUAAUCAAUGCCAGCUGACAGACGGUGCUGAUCUUGAGGAUGACCCGUCAUGUUCUUGGCCAGCAUCAUCUCCCUCCAGUAAGGAUCAAACUUCUCCAGGACAUUGUGAGGACUAUGAUUUUGGUGAGGAGGAAGGAGGCCCUGGUCUACCAUACCCAUGCCAGUUCUGUGACAAGUCCUUCAGUCGCUUAAGCUUUCUCAAGCGCCACGAACAGAGCCACGGCGAUAAACUUCCUUUCAGCUGUACCUUCUGCAGUCGCCUGUUUAAACACAAGCGCAGCCGAGAUCGGCACGUUAAGCUACAUACUGGUGAUAAGAAGUACCACUGUGGAGAGUGUGACUCAGCCUUCUCCCGCAGUGAUCACCUCAAAAUACACAUGAAAACCCACGCCUCCAACAAACCCCAUAAGUGCCCUGUGUGCCGUCGAGGUUUCCUUUCGUCCAGCUCUCUUCACGGCCACAUGCAAGUACAUGAAAGGGGCAAAGAUGGCAGCAGCUCAAGUUUUUCAAGAGCUGAUGAAUGGAAGUUAAAGGAAACUCGAAAAUGCAGCCGCUGUGAGGAAGGCUUUGACGUUCCAGAGGAGCUUCAGAGGCACAUCGCAGAGUGUCACCCUGAGUGCUCUCCAUCAGAGGAUGGAGGUCUGGGUGCGACCCUGCAGUGCAUCUACUGCCAUGAGCCCUUCAGCGAUGAGGGCACCCUACUGACCCACAUUGACCAGGCCCACAGCAGAGAUAGGAAAGGCCACACCUGUGCUAUCUGCUCUGAGCACUUUCUGUCUGUUGAGGAUCUCUAUGCUCACAUGGACAUUCACCAACUCCCUGAAUCCAGUAACCAUAGUAACAGCCCUUCCUUGCUUACUGUAGGCUACACCUCUGUCUCUAGCACUACACCUGACUCCAACCUCUCUGUCGACAGCUCCACAAUGGUGGAGACAGCACCACCUGUGCCCAAAACAAGGGGGAGGAGAAAGAGAGCUGCUCAGAACACAUCUGACAUAGGAGGGCGUUCCUCAAAACAGCCUAAAGUCUCCUACAGUUGCAUCUACUGCAACAAGCAAGUAUUCUCCAGCUUGGCUGUACUUCAAAUUCACCUACGUACCAUGCAUCUGGAUAAGCCAGAACAAGCUCAUACUUGCCAGUUUUGUUUGGAGGUUCUGCCCUCUUUAUUAAAUCUAAAUGAACAUCUUAAGCAGGUUCACAAUGCAGAAGACCAUGCUGCGCUGUUAGCCAGCCUGCCUGAUGCUCUCCUUCAGUGUAAUUUUUGCCCUGAGGUGCUGAGUGACCUAAAUGCUCUCCAGGAACACAUUCGCUGCUCCCAUGGCUUCCCCAGUCCCGUUGCCAAGGAGAGUAAUGCCUUCUUCUGUCCACAAUGCUUCAUGGGGUUCUUGACAGAGGCUACCUUGGAAGAGCAUGUUCGUCAGACCCAUUGUGAUGGGGGUAGCCUGCGCUUUGACUCACCAUUGGCUGUAACUCCCAAGGAACCUAUAGUAGAGGUGUACUCCUGUUCAUAUUGCACCAACUCUCCCAUAUUCAACAGUGUUCUAAAGCUCAACAAGCACAUCAAGGAGAAUCACAAAAACAUUCCCCUGGCCCUAAACUACAUCAAUAAUGGAAAGAAAUCCCUACGCACUCUCAGUCCCUCUUCACCAAUAUCAGUGGAACAAACUGCCAUGCUGAAACAAAGCAGCUCAGCCUCACGCACUACUAGUGAGUUCAUAUGUAACCAGUGUGGAGCCAAGUAUACAAGUUUAGACCUUUUCCAGACUCACCUCAAAACUCAUCUGGAUGGUCUGCAGCCUCAGCUCACUUGUCCACAGUGCAACAAAGAGUUUCCCAAUCAAGAAUCCCUGCUAAAGCAUGUGACAAUUCACUUCACUAUUACUUCCACUUAUUACAUCUGUGAGAGCUGUGACAAGCAGUUCACUUCAGUGGAUGAUCUGCAGAAGCACUUACUUGAUAUGCAUACAUUUGUGUUCUUUCGCUGCACUCUGUGCCAGGAAGUGUUUGACUCAAAGGUAUCCACCCAACUUCACCUGGCUGUAAAACACAGCAAUGAGAAAAAGGUAUACCGCUGCACAUCCUGCAACUGGGACUUCAGGCACGAGACUGACCUACAGCUGCAUGUCAAACACAGCCAUCUGGAGAACCAAGGACGCGCCCACCGAUGCAUUUUUUGUGGAGAGUCAUUCGGCACAGAGGUGGAGCUGCAGUGCCACAUCACCACCCACAGCAAGAAGUACAACUGUCGGUUCUGCAGUAAAGCUUUCCAUGCCAUUGUCCUCUUGGAGAAGCAUUUAAGAGAGAAACACUGUGCGUUUGAGGGAAAGACUCCGAACUGCAGUGCGAAUGGCUCCACUGUAAGUGGCGGGGAAGGCCAGCCUAAAGAAGAUGCUGAGUUACAAGGUCUCUUAACUAACAGUCAUGGUGCAGGAACAGCAGGAGGAUCAGUUGUGGAGUCCCAGAACAGCCAUGAUGGAAGUGAGGAAGAGGUUGACACAGCAGAGCCCAUGUAUGGGUGUGACAUAUGUGGAGCAUCUUACACCAUGGAGUCACUCCUCACUAACCAUCAAUUAAGAGAUCACAAUAUCCGACCUGGUGAGAGCGCAAUGAUAAAAAGGAAAGCUGAAAUGAUCAAGGGCAAUCACAAGUGCAAUGUAUGUUCCCGUACCUUCUUUUCUGAAGCUGGGCUGAGGGAACAUAUGCAGACCCACCUUGGGCCUGUCAAACACUACAUGUGUCCCAUCUGUGGAGAGCGCUUCCCUUCUUUGCUCACUCUGACAGAGCACAAGGUCACCCAUAGCAAGAGCCUGGACACGGGCAGCUGCCGUAUUUGUAAGAUGCCACUGCACAGUGAGGAGGACUUCCUGGAGCACUGCCAGAUGCACCCUGACCUAAGAAACUCCCUGACAGGUUUUCGCUGUGUGGUGUGCAUGCAGACUGUCACCUCCACAUUGGAGCUCAAGAUUCACGGUACUUUCCACAUGCAGAAGACAGGGACAAUGUCCUCCAACCAACCCAUGGGCCGCAACAAUGCCAUCUCUCAAAACCAGCAGCAACACCACACUCAAAAGUUUUUCAAGUGUGCCUCUUGCCUGAAAGAUUUUAGGUCCAAACAAGACCUGGUGAAGCUGGACAUCAACGGACUGCCUUAUGGACUGUGUGCAUCCUGUGUGACAGUCGCCGGCUCCAAGAGCUCCAGUCCGACAGUGAAUGGAGGGAGGCAGCAGCAACUGCAGGGUGGGGCCACCACCCCAGCAACAACUACUGCUGCAUGGGUGCAAGGAGAGAGUCUCAGUCCUGGAGAUGGGAAAGGCAAAACUGUCUCUUCAUCAUCCUCAUCCUCUUCCACAUCUUCAUCAUCUGCAGCCAAGACACGCUGUUCCAGCUGUAAUGUGAAGUUUGAGUCUGAGGCAGAGUUGCAAAACCAUGUCCAGACAGUGCAUCGGGAACAAGGCGGGGAUAGCAACAGCGGGCAGAUGAAGACCCCCCAGGUGUCACCAAUGCCCAGAGCCAGUCCUUCACAAACUGAAGAGAAAAAGACGUACCAGUGCAUCAAAUGUCAGAUGGUGUUCUACAGUGAAUGGGACAUCCAAGUUCAUGUGGCCAACCACAUGCUGGGCUCACAAGUGUCUGGAUCACAUCACCAAAUAGAGGAAGGACUGAACCAUGAAUGCAAGCUCUGUAGUCAGUCAUUCGACUCACCAGCGAAGCUUCAAUGCCACCUGAUUGAGCACAGCUUUGAGGGCAUGGGUGGAACCUUCAAGUGUCCGGUCUGCUUUACAGUGUUCGUUCAGGCCAACAAGCUCCAGCAGCACAUUUUCUCUGCUCACGGACAGGAGGACAAAAUCUACGACUGCUCGCAGUGCCCACAGAAGUUCUUCUUCCAGACAGAGUUACAGAACCACACGUUGACUCAGCACAGCAGCUAACAUGGCAGAGCUCAGCGCCGUGGCCGAGAACAAGGAUCACAUGACGCACAGAAUAAUGUCUGACCGCCAAUUACCGUCAGUGCAGUUUCCCACUGACUGUCUUGCACUGAACUUUCGAUUCAAUCACACCACAAGAAACCAUGCCACAGCAAGAGAAAAAAAGCAAAGAAAACAAAAGAAAGAGGGGGGAGGACACAUAAAAGAAACCUCUUUUCUUUUCUUUACUAACCAUUAUGUCAAAAACAAAGAAAAGGCCAACUUGUUUGUACAUAGAAUUCUUCAUGUGUUACUUAACCACAGCUAUAUUGCAAUCUUAUACACUAUUUGCCAAUGUACAGUUUAAAAUGUUUGUUCAAAAAAAGAGUAAAGGAGGUAAAAGAUCAAUGACAUUGUCAGUCAAACGAGAUGGAUCUUAACCAGUUGUGUAAAGGAGAAACAGGGUGCCACUGAGAGCAUAGAAAACUGUAGGAACUGGCAAGAGUUGUCAGGAGAACUCUUUUCAUCAGUGGCACUCCUACUGCGCAAUACGCCACUCUGUAUCCAGACAUGGUCAAUCAUUAUGAGGUAGAGGAGCUUGAUUCACCAGCAUAGGCAGAAAAACUUGUCUGUGUGUCUAUCAUACACUAAUAUGGCUGCCAGAGGACCAGCUGUGAACGACGGCGCAACAAAUCUGCACUGCCUGUGCUUGAGUUCAUAUGAGAGGUGGGGGAAAAAAAGAUUUAAAAAAAAACAACAACAACACAGAAAAGAGGAAAACAGGACAGGGGACGGGAUGCUGAUAUAUGCAAAUGCAGUGACACAGAUUUGGAAAAGGCUAGUUCAUCUGGUUGGCUCGUGAACAGAGGCGUGAAGCUCCCAUGUGGCUCUCAGAGCAUGGGGAAAUCUCCAGCCCACUGAUUCAACCUGUACAUUUCUGUUAUUAAUGUUUACUGCUCGUUGAAGCCCGGAGAUUACUGGAAGUUUCUUUUUUAUGUUUUCUGAUCUCUUCAUGUUUUUUAUUUCAUAGUGAGGGACUAAAUCCAUUUGAAUUUGGGGUCAUGAAGACUAAACACAAUUUCAGUCUGUCUUGGAGAUAUACCAUAGGUAUCAAACUCCAUUCAUGACUCUCCUGGAGAGUGACCACAUACUCAUGUUGAUUUCAGCUUUCCAUUGCCCUCUACUCAAGCUGGAAGCCACUGUGGCAUCAUAAAAAACUUUAAUCCAUUCUCUCAUGUAAAGGUUUUGCAUUCAUUGAAUCUGAGAUGCACUUUUGUAUGAAACUUUAAUGUUUUGACAUUUUGAUUGAGAAUUGUUCAUACACAGUUUACAGGAAAUUACCAUCUCCUGCCGCAAAAGGACAGUUAUCUCCAAUGUUAUUGAAAUGUAUUGUACAAAUAUGGAGUUCUGUAUUUGACAGACCUCGUUUUUUGUGUUGCACAUGUGAUGGAAAUAUUAAAAACUGUAUGAGGAAA